AUGUCUCGAAAAGAAGGUCAAAUUGCUCUUGCAAUCAGUGCAUACAAUAAGGGUCAAUGUACAAGCUUAAAAGUAGCUUGUACAAGGUACGAUGCGCCAUAUUCUACUACUUACGACCGCGUCAAGGGAGCUAUUCCACAACGCGAUUUCCGACCCCGAAACCAGAAACUCACCGACCUCGAGGAAUCAGCACUUAUACAAUGGAUGUUAUUAAUGGAAGCUAGAGGUCUGCCAGUACGGAAAGAUUCGAUACGCCAAAUGGCCGAUUUACUACUGGAAAAGCGAACUGGAGUAGGUCGAAUUAUUGUCGGAAAAUGCUGGGUUGACAACUUUAUAAAGCGCCACGACUCUUUACGGACGAAAUACACUCGUAAAUACGACUAUAAGCGCGCAAAAUGCGAGGAUCCUACGAUUAUCCGAGAUUGGUUUCGAUUAGUACAUAAUAUUGUUGCGAAAUAUGGUAUACUAGCGAAGGAUAUAUACAAUUUCGACGAGACUGGCUUUCAGAUGGGAGUAAUUGCGACCGCAAAAGUUGUUACA